CUGUGUCGUUUCGUGAAGUCAACAGGGUACAAUAUUGACACCACUUUGUUACACGAGAAGUCAUACUGACCGUCAACCCGACCAUGAGACGUACUGUGUUCUACUGUGUGUGCAUUCUGUUGGAAGUCCUUGUGCUAACGUAUUCUCAGACCUGUGUCACACGGUUAGAAUUCAUCCCGAGGGCCAUCACAAUAGGAAAGACAUCCAACCUCAGCAUCACAUGCUUCGGGUCGUCAAUCCUGCGGCUCCACCUUGACAGCAACCCCAUCAUGGAAAUUCAAAAGUUUACGUCAUCAGGGCUGGUAACCUUGGCAACGCUUGAUGGAAACGAUAAUGUUACAAAACACGUGGAAGGCAUCGACGUCGUCGGCUUCUUCCCUUCAAAAUUUGAGAUCGUUAUAAACAAUCCCGGAUGUUCUGACGUCACAAACUACUUCUGCCGCGUCACGAAUUUUUCCUGUAUGAGAAGUCGGAGGUUGGUGAGACUCGUGACUCCAAAUGUAACACAAGGUCCGCCAUCGUUGACAAUUAUGCCUUCAAAGCCAGUAUAUGAAGACGGUGAACUAGUCGUGUUCAGGUGUUCAGUGAAUGUUUCUCCAAGGAGACAGUUCUUUUCCUGGAACUGGGACCACCCCUUGGGAAAAGAUUUUAGUGGGAACGUGAAAACUGGACAGUUAGUGGAUGCCUUUCGCACGUGCAACAGAACAAGCUUUUUGGCCUUGACCUUGAAAGCGGAAGACAAUGGGACCAUGGUGACCUGUAUGACCGGCUCGUCGCAGGAGUUGAAAGCUAGUGUUGUUGUGAAUGUUAUCGGUAGACAGGAAACAAUCACGCCAGCCUCGCCAACCAGGCCAGCAACAACAGGACUAAUGCAGAUCCUUCCAGAUGCUGGUGCCAGCGGUAUCCCUGGUUACCUUCUGGCAGUGGUAGCCGUCGCCACCCUCAUCCUCACCCUCAUCAUCUACAGCGUCUUACUACGGAUGGGAGGAACAAAAUUCAAGUUUCCAUUCACAGACUGCUUCGUUGUUAAAAAAGGUCAUCUAUACGAGAUCCCGGACAGAGAAUCUGAUGGUGAUCCUGACAGCAGCUAUUGUGUCAUACAAAACACUGGCCCCAUCUACAUUAACUCCCCCCGCAGGGUCGUCUCCAACGCACCGUGACUCACACUCGCCGUGUGGGGCGGUGCAGUAGCCCGAUGGAAGUGUUCGCUCGUCACGCUGAAGACCCGGGUUCGAUUCCCCACAUGGUACAGUGUGUGAGGCCCAUUUCUGGUGUCCCCCGACGUGAUAUUGCUGGAAUAUUGCUAAAAGCGGAGUACCAUCAUACUCACUCACUCACCCUCUCGUCGUGGAUUCUCAAAGACACUGCUAUUCCAAACAGAUGUUCACGGAAAGGCCCUGGUAUUUGAUUUAAUUGGGAUUUCAAGAUUAGGUACAUUUGGUCUUUAGUUAGUAGACAAUAUAGCUGAUCUGGUCAGUCAGGUCGAUGUUCAUGCAAUAUUCUGUAAUACAUCUACAUGUGAAAACCAUUGCUGUAUGCGCUGACCAUUCCAAUUCUUGUAUGACGCAACUUGCUGAGGAGGGAUGACCUAGUUGUAAUUCAUCCUCUUAAGUUCGAAUUCAUGAUUAACACCGAUUAUGAUCCUUGGUAUUAAAAGGCUGCGAGGUAGGUUAAUGGUUUGCCGGCGUACCCCGACUCCGGGUCCUUGCUCAUAAUAUUAAUCACUGGCUUGUUUGGUCCAGCCUCUGUUAUUGACAUUCAGCUGUGGUACGGCUGACCAACUGCUGACUGCGGCAUCUACCAGCAUCUGCUCUCUUCCACCCGCACCAUCAUCAAAACUGAGAAGUGCCCUGUGUAUAUAAAUACCUUACCACUGUU